CRAGAGCCUGGGUGCAAGUGGGAGAGGAAGGUCUGUGGAAGCGAGGGGGAGGGAGCACGAGCGUUGCCUCAACAAGCGYCGACGAGGGARGAGCAGCUGCCAGGGAAGRGGAAGGAAGCCAUGGCCGGGAGACGGGCGAGAGGACUGCUAGACGCCGAAAUGGACGAYGSGGGUACCCUCGACCUCUCCCACUCGCUGAAUGCCAUGGCCACUCACAUCGAGGGAGAGGAAGACAUUGAAGACGAGGAGGAGGAGGAAGAGGAGGAAGAAGAGAAUGACGACUCUGGGGACGAGGAAGAGGAAGGGAACGAAGAAGACGCGCAGCGGAAGAAGGAGAACCAUCCAAUGGAGAACGUGUCCGGAACGGCGAGAGUGAACUAUCCGCUGGCGUUCAAGUACCUAGAGGAAACAUACACGUCAGUGCAAACACGUUUUGAGAUGAAGCCGGACUUUGAUCUCCUAGGGUGUAAGUGGGCUUUGCAGCCCACAGAGUAGGGGUUGUUCUUCUACCGUUAUCUUACGAGGGCAUGCAAAUACGAACCUGUGGGUCUUUGCAUUUGGGUUGCGAAGACCACAAGA